GAUUCCCCACAAAUAAAAAUAUUACUACAAAGCAAACAAACACCAAAACAUAAUCCUGGCCAAGAGCUGCAUUAAAAGAAAGAAAGAAUUUGAACAAGUGUCCAGAGGGAAUACAGAGGUAAUGUACAAAGGAAACAAAGAAUAAUAGGCUUCUAACUUCUACUUGUUUUAAACCUUAGCUAUUUAUGGGCAUGGGGGGGAAGAGUUCCUAUUCUUUGUAUAUGGAAUUCUGUCACUCUCAGUUCCCACCUACCCCCUGUUUAUGCUUCCUGGCUGUUUACAUGUCUCUUCUUCAGAACCCCGUCUGACUUAAUCCGCAUUUUCUAUUUUGUGUUAAUGCUAAAAUUUGUCAUAAUUUUGCCUGUGCAUUUCUUUAUUGAUUUCCUAGUCCACUGUUCUGUGGACUCACUAAGGCAGGAACUAUGCUUGUUCUUCCCACUAUCUUAAAGCCCAGCUCCUAGCACAGUGUCUGCAUCUUAUAUAAGUGCACAGUGUAUUUCUUGGUGAAUGGAUCUCUCCACGUUUGGUAAAUUUUUAUCUACUGCACAUCACUUGAAUCCUUUCACAUUCUGCAAUUCCCACUUCAGUCUUCCUGGAUUUGUCUCAUUGCUUCCCAUUUUGUCUCCAUGUGUCUGUUCCCACUAUUCAUUUUCCAGAUAGCAUCUAGUAAUGUUCCGUUAAAAAGCAAAACUCAAAUCACACCACAUUACAUUUUGAAACAAUUAAGUGACUUCCCAUUGGCCUUAGAAUAGCGUCCAAAACACCAAACCAGGCCUUCAAGGGUAGGAAGAACCUUCCUCUGCCACCCCCUCCCAAAAUCGGCACAACUUGAUCCUCUGGCUCCAGGCUUCUGUACAUAUUGUUCCCUCACCACCCAUGUCAUGACUGAUCGAUAAUUAACACUUGCCUUGCCUGAGUCAUGAACCAGUUAAUGGAAGAAGGCAUAAAUAAAACUACUCAAGUGCAACAAAUGCAUUCAAAUAAAAUCAGUGAUAUAUGCAUGCCAAUCAUAAAAUACCAAGAAUAUAUAUCUGAGGAAGAUCUUAAGAGACAGUUAAUGCUUAUGAAGCAGUUCAGACCAUUUUCAUAUUAGGUACUCUUUCUGAAAACAAGCCAAUUUUCUGGCUAAUUUCCCUUUAUUCUCUUAAAUGUGUUUUUGGUCUCUGUUUCUCACUUUCCUUGGAAUGAAUGGAUUUUUGAAUCCUCUGAAUUGUCCUCAGUCUCUGAUAGUAAGAAUAAGCAAGGAGGUGGUGCGGUGUUGGUGGCAUUUUUACUGUGGACUAUUUCAAAUAACAAAAGUAGACUAUAUUAAAAUGAACUCCCAUGUACCUGUCACCUAGUUUCAACAGUUACUAGUCGUGGACAGUUUUUCCCUACAUCCCCACCUACUGCUUCUCUUGUGGAUAAUUUCCAAACAAAUCAUAGUCGUCAACACUUUAUUUUAAAACAUAAUUCUACCGCAUCUAGUCAAUGUUCAAAUAUCCCCUAUUGUCUUAUUUAUAAAUUUUUGUCAACUUGUUUGAAUCAUGAGCCAAUUAUGUCCCAUGUAUCGUGGAUCCUUGAUAAAGCUCUUAAGUUUAUUUUAAUCGGUAAGUGGCACUUCAGUCCUUUUAUUUGGAACUGUUCAGAGGAAGGACUGGCUCAUUUGUCCUUGUAGAGCUUCCCACAGUCUACAUCAUCAUAUUCUCACUUAGUACAUUCUUUCCUAUAAAGGGUCUUGUAAAGAAAUAAGAUUACAGUAGCAUAACAGCAAAAUUUGUAAUUCCUAAUAUUAAAUAUCCAGUUACUGCUCACAUCAUUACAAUUGCUUUAUAAUUGUUCCCCAUAUCAUUUAAGAUUCAAAGGUUCCUAAAAUAUAAUUGCUUGCUAAGUAUAAAUUUUAGGAAUUGUGUUUUAAAUUCUUUUGGUUAUGCAAACUGUUUACAUGAGUCCACGGUCAAAUAUACAAAAGAAAGAAGGUAUUGUAUAUCCACUAGUUUCCCUUUAGUCUGGUGGUUUCUUUUCCGCACUGCAAUGCCCGUCCCGGUCUCCCCACCCGCUCCCUCCCUAGCUGGUGCUCUGGACUUUCCCCAGCUCGCCCUUCGGCUCCUUUCUGGAGAACUCACUGAGAACUGUCUUCCUUCUCGUUGCUUUUCUUCUCUCCUUCCUCCACUUCCUGCCUGGCCGACCGCGCGGGCCGGGGGCCGCACCUGCAGGCACGCGUUUCCCAUUGGUGACAUCUUGGCGGGCCCGGCGGGGCACUUCCUCCUCUGCACCCCGUGACCCACGUCCGGCUCUCGGCCUCGGAUCACGCGGCCUCCGCUUCCCGGACUCCGGACCCCGCGCUUCCUAGGUCCCGACUGCCCAUCCCCAGCGUGGUUAAGAACAAACAGAAGAUGCACCUGGAUUUUCCUUGGAGCCCUCUGCAUUGUUAAGCUUCGGGUGGAACUUGUGGGCCUUGGGCUGUAAAGCCUUGCUUGCUUCAUAGAAAUCAGUCCUGCUUCCUCCGUGGACAAUUUGUUACCUACUGGAAGUGUCAACAACCACUGAAGGCUUCAAGGUUGUUCUUUAAGCCUCAAAAAAAGUUGUGCCUAACCUUGUCUGACAUCUGCCCUGCCAAGUGUCCAUGAUGCUAGGCCCCGAGGGAGGUGAAGGUUUUGUGGUCAAGCUCCGUGGCCUGCCCUGGUCCUGCUCUAUUGAGGACGUGCAGAACUUCCUCUCCGACUGCACGAUUCGUGAUGGGACCGCAGGCGUUCACUUCAUCUACACUAGAGAGGGCAGGCAGAGUGGUGAGGCUUUUGUUGAACUUGAAUCAGAAGAUGAUGUAAAAAUGGCCCUGAAAAAAGACAGGGAAAGCAUGGGACACCGGUACAUCGAGGUGUUCAAGUCCCACAGAACCGAGAUGGAUUGGGUGUUGAAGCACAGCGGUCCCAACAGUGCCGACAGCGCCAACGAUGGCUUCGUCCGUCUUCGAGGACUCCCAUUUGGAUGCACAAAGGAAGAAAUUGUCCAGUUCUUCUCAGGGUUGGAAAUCGUGCCAAAUGGGAUCACACUGCCUGUGGACCCUGAGGGCAAGAUUACCGGGGAAGCUUUUGUGCAGUUCGCCUCACAGGAGUUAGCCGAGAAGGCUCUGGGGAAGCACAAGGAGAGGAUAGGGCACAGGUAUAUCGAAGUGUUCAAGAGCAGUCAGGAGGAAGUCAGGUCUUACUCAGACCCCCCUCUGAAGUUUAUGUCGGUACAGAGGCCGGGGCCCUAUGACCGCCCUGGCACAGCUAGGAGAUACAUUGGCAUCGUGAAGCAAGCGGGCCUGGAGAGGAUGCGGCCCGGCACCUACAGCGCAGGCUACGGUGGCUAUGAAGAGUACAGCGGCCUCAGUGAUGGCUACGGCUUCACCACUGACCUGUUUGGAAGAGACCUCAGCUACUGUCUCUCAGGCAUGUACGACCACAGAUAUGGAGACAGCGAGUUCACAGUGCAGAGCACCACCGGGCACUGCGUCCACAUGAGAGGGCUUCCUUACAAAGCAACCGAGAAUGACAUUUACAACUUCUUCUCUCCGCUCAACCCCGUGAGAGUGCAUAUUGAGAUUGGCCCAGAUGGAAGAGUGACCGGUGAAGCAGACGUGGAGUUUGCCACUCACGAAGAGGCUGUGGCGGCUAUGUCCAAAGACAGGGCCAACAUGCAGCACAGAUACAUAGAACUGUUCUUGAAUUCGACAACGGGGGCCAGCAAUGGGGCGUACAGCAGCCAGGUGAUGCAAGGCAUGGGGGUGUCGGCAGCCCAGGCCACUUACAGCGGUCUGGAGAGUCAGUCAGUGAGCGGCUGCUACGGAGCUAGCUAUAGCGGUCAGAACAGCAUGGGCGGAUACGAUUAGUUUUGUAGGGAUGCUGAAGGUUUUUCAAUCAAAUUUUCACAGGCAGCCAAUAAGCAAUGAAUGAAGAGCAGUUACAACUCUAGAGGAAGCUCUGGGACCCAUUUUGCACCAUGAGUUUGUGAAAUCUGGAUUUAAAAAAAUUACCUCUUCAGUGUUUUCUCAUGCAAACUUUUCUUCUAGCAUGUGAUAUUGGGUAAACUAAAACUAUUUUCAGCUUUUCUCAAUUAACAUUUUGGUAGUAUACUUCAGAGUGAUGUUAUCUGAGUUUCAGUAGUUUAAGUAUGUUAAAUAUGGACCUUUUGCCACCACAUCGCAGUGAAUACACUGGGGAGACGUGCUUUUUUGAAAAACUCAAAGGUGCUAGCUCCCUGAUUCAAAAAAAUAUUUCUCAUGUUUGUUCAUUCUAGUUUAUAUUUUCAUUUUAAAUCUUUUAGUUUAAGUUUUUUAAGAGUUAGUUUUGAGAAUUGAGACACAAUACUAAUACUGUAGGAAUUGGUGAGGCCUUGACUUAAAACUUUCUUUGUACUGUGAUUUCCUUUUGGGUGUAUUUUGCUAAGUGAAACUUGUUAAAUUUUUUGUUAACUAAAUUUUUUUCUUAAAAUAAAGAUUUUUUCACAAUGACUGGCACAAGAUUAUCUACUCAGCAAAAGGUAGCAAAAUGGGUUGUUGAAUUCAUUUUAUUCCUAAUGUAUUUUAGUGUGAAUUUUAAAAUUUCGUACAUCAAAUCUAUGAUCUCCCUUAUAUUCUUACAAUGAGGCUAAAUAAAAGUUUAAUAAAAACGUUAAUUAUGUGAA